AUGGUUGAAAUCCAACUCUACAUAUCUCAACGCUUUCUAUAUCGUUUCUUAUUUUCUCAAGUAUUAUAAUGAUGAAAUAUUAACUUGAAUUAUAUCACUUUGGGAAAGACAUGAUACCAUUCGUAACUCUCUUUCACUGGGAUCUUCCCAAUUGCUUACAACUGGAGUAUGGUGGCAUGUUAAGCGACCAAAUAGUGAAGGAUUUUGUUGAGUUCGCAGAGCUAUGCUUUCAAGAAUUUGGUGACCGGGUGAAAUUUUGGACAACAUUUAACGAGCCAUGGAGCUACAUAGUUCAUGGAUAUACGCCUGGGGAUGAGUUCCGUAAAGACGACCCUACAGACAACAACUCAACAAUCAAUCAACGUUCAUGUCAAAGUGGUCAGAUGUACUUCCCUCAUAAUAGAGUUUAUAGAACAAUAAGACGAUGUGAGAUAACCAAAACCAUUAGGGACACUUGGUUCCAUGUGAAUGAUCCGGCCAAAGAUGCAUAUACUGCAGCAAGAAAUAUGCUUCUUUGCCACUCAGCAGCAGUCCAAUCGUAUAGACAGAAAUUUCAGAUGUAUCAAGACGGGCAAAUAGGAAUAGUUCUCAACUCCAGUUGUCAUUAUCCUUAUGAUA